UGUCUUAGUGUUUAAAAACUAGGGUAUGUCCCUUUAAUGGAGUGGUGUACAAACAGGUUGAUAACCCAUAUAAGGUAAUAGUGUAUGUUUUUCGCAGAAGAGAUAACGGGACUAUGUCACCCUCACGAGACAGGUUGAGAGUAGUGAUUACUGACGAAUAACAAUGGCGUUGUUGUUGUGAACGCUUUAUUUAAGCUAAUUAUAAAGAAGAAAGAUGGUGUUGUUGUGAACAUUUUAUUCAUAUUCACUUUCAAGAAGGAUGGUAACUUAAUUUGUGCACUUUCACGAAAUCACUGAACAGAAAGUCCGAUCACCCGAGAUGUUGAGUGUGGGCGUGGCAAUGUCUCAAUCAGUGAGAUAAGCUCAAUAUCUCGAGGAAUUGUGAAGAAAAAACCCAUCCAGAAAACUUUAUGCGGGACAGACGGACGGACGGAAAGACAGAAAUACAGAGAUGAAACCUAUAACCCCCUCCGGUUGGACCGAUGCUUUAUCAAAGUUGUUAAGGUGAUUAACGAACUCGAACCAAGAUGGCUGAAAGCAGUGUUGUUCCACUUCUUGAGAUACAAGACAAGUUCGUCACGUGUGAGAUUUGUUUUGAUUAUUUCGACGAUCAGGACAAAUCUCCACGUAUCUUACCGUGCUUUCACAACUUCUGCUGCCGCUGUCUGGAGUCGAUUUGGGAGAAGUCACCGACUGGAGUACGAUGUCCCAACUGUCGGAAGGUUUGGCGUGUUCACAACAACAUAUCAGAAACGUUUCCACAAAACAAGGUUCUGAGGAAUUUAGUUGAAUAUCUUACAAUGAAGAACAAGGUGGAUGAAAUUAUGUGUCAUGAAUGUCCUGUCAGUUCAAGGGCAACAAUGCGUUGUUUGGACUGUCGGGAAUUCAUGUGUGAAGGAUGCGCAACAUAUCAUAAAAAAUUUGCAAUGUCAAAAGACCACAAGAUCAUCCUAAUUUUAGAUUUGGUUAAUAUGCCUCAUGAUGAUUUUUUUCACCAGACAGAUACGUGCAAAAAACACAACAUGAAUGUAGAUCUAUACUGCAAGGCUUGUGCAACUGAUAUCUGUUCAUCAUGUGUUCAUGUCUCUCAUAGAGACCACGAGAUAUUGGAUCUCAAAGAUGUAUAUAAAGCAAAGAUGAACCACAUGAAAGGAACACUUAGAAAUUUACAAAGAUCAUCAAAAAGAGCACAGAAGUAUACAUCAAGACUUUCUAGACAAAAUGCAACUCUAGAUUCGAUGAAAGAAAAUAUUUAUAAAUAUAUUGAUGAUUCCUAUGAAGAGGUUAUUCAGAAGUUGUCUGACAAAAGAAAACAGAUGAAAGAAGAUGUCAUUUCAAACAUAGACAAACAAAAAGCUGACAGAAACGAGCAGAUGAAGUUGAGUAAACAGUCAGAAGUCCUCAAGGCGGACCAUGUUCUGCAUUGUAAGCAAGCUGUGCAAUUCGCACGAGCUGCUGACUUUAUAGAAAUGGCUCCAACCCUUGAAGACAAUCUUCUCUCUGUGAUGGAAGGUCAGGAACUGGUUGAUAUUCCUAUACAAGAGGUUACCAUUGAUGACACGUUCAAGCAGAUAGAGAAAAUUAUUGAGAAAACUGGUGUAACAUGGAAUGGAAUUAUUUUCAACAAAAACAACUCAGACGAGGAUGUGAUGAAACGAAUCCUCUUCCCUGUUGAUGGACAGUCAGAACAGUACAGAACACUUCUCUUGCCAAAUAUAGAGUAUGACCCACAAAAGAUGAACCGGAAGUCGUGUAAUAUUAACGAAUCUGGAAUUCUGGUCAACAAACCUUCAGAAGUAAAACAUACUGACCAGACUUCCGGUCUUCAGUGUUUCCUUGGAGUCAAAGCCAGGACGCAUGUCCCGACGUCUGGAUGUGCGUUCUGGGGGACGGAAGUCGACUGCAUGGUGCGUGAAUCGGCUGAAUUACAUACACUGAUAGCAGACGUUGGUCUUUGUCUGGACGAGCACUGUAAAGAUACAACAGCGAUUAUAAAUAACAAACAUGCGAGGGGUGUUAUGGUGGCCAGCUGUAAAACUCACAACAGUAUCUGUUUACGUCCUUGUUCUCGUGGAAAGCAGCUGUGCUGUAUUCCUGUGACAGAAUUCAAAACUAACUCACUACUCGAAGUCAGACUCGGGCUGUUGGUAGACAUCGACAACGCCACUCUCCACAUUAUCCGUGUUGACGAAAACACAGUUGUACACUCCAUUUCAAACAUCGACGUGUCGCGGCCGCUGAUGCCGAUGUUUGGUGGUUAUUUUCCUGAAUAUUUCGAUGUUAAAGUGAGAGUAACAUCUGGCACGGAUCUCUCAGUGAACCGUGAACUGUUGGUCCUGCUCUCGAGUUUAGUGAAAUAAAUCAUAAUGGGAGAGUCGUGAGACCUGAGUCAAUACAAUUCAAACCUGUGGAACCCGAUGCCGACUCCCACCCAGGGCGAGUUUAAACGAGCUAAUGGGAAGUUGUGACUAAUGGAAACUGUUUAAUGAUUGUAAUUGCAUAUCAACUAUAUUUUUCUGCAUAAAAUAUUAGUGACUGUAUACUAAACGUGUUUCUGAUCGUUCUAAUAUGUGUAGUAGCUUAA